AUGUCACAAUCUGAUGUUGCAAUAAAAUUUAAAGAUAUUGUUGAUUCCAAAGAAAAAUUGGAUGAACUGUUUGCAACUAAUAUACAAAAAUACAACGCUAUUCAUGAUAAAAUCGCCGAUGACAACAAUACAAUCGACAACAGUUUACCCCUUGAUAAACAGUAUGAAGAGUAUAACAAACUUCAAGAAAUUACUUCUAAAACGCUUGAAAAUCAAAACGAAUUUGUCGACCAAUGUAUCGAAUUAUCGAACAAACUAAGAGACAUCACAGCCAAAAUGGAUAGUCUUAUUCUGUUGGUCAACAAACAAAAAACAGACAUGUCUGAACACCACCAACAUGUGAUAUCACAAAUGGUCGAAAUCGACAAAAAACUCUGCGAAAAAGAAAAGGAGCCGCUUUUGAAACAAAUCGAAGAAAUUGAAAAGAGACACAUCGAAAAACAAGCGUGUUUAAAGCAUACAAAAGAAGAAGAAGAAAAAGUUGCUUAUCUGUUCACUUUUCCUUUUUCAACACUAAAAAAUUUUGAUUGGAAAAGUUAUCAAAACGAAUUGACAGAACAACAGAUUUUUGCUGUUGCGUUUGCAAGUUACGUCCAAAACAAAAAUUUUGACGCUCUCAAGAAAAGUUUUAAUUGA